AUGGGUAGAAGAAAGAUUGAGAUUCAGCCGCUCACGGACGAUAGAAAUAGGACGGUAACGUUUGUCAAGCGGAAAGCGGGUCUUUUCAAGAAGGCCCACGAAUUGGCGGUGUUGUGCCAGGUGGAUUUGGCGGUGAUCAUCGUGGGGAACAACAACAAGGUGUAUGAGUUCAGCUCUGUUGAUACGAAGGAAUUGAUCGAUAUGUACCAGGGAAUCAAGCCCCAUGAAUCGAAAUCGCCGGCAAACUACGGAAAUUACAAGAAGAAGAGACAUUUGAACCAAGCACAUUUUCCAAUUGACGAUGAGAUGUCGAUUGAGGACGAAAAUGAGUCUGAAUACGACAGCGAGACCCCUGAGCCCAAGCGCCAGAAGAAGGACGAUGGCGAUGACAAAUGGAAGAGAGGGAAGAGUGAGAGGCGAUACAGCUCGCGUAGACCCACGCCGCCAUCGCAUCUUUCUCUCUCAGGGGGAUCGACAGCGGGCAUGGCAUACAGACAGACGCCCGGCAAUACACAAGGCAAUGACGAUAUCGACGAUCGUGAAACCAUUCACAAGGGAACUACGUCGCAUACACGAGACAACUCUACCGCAUCGAACGUUUCGGUGAACCAAAGACCCGUUUUGAGGGUUCAGAUUCCAAUUGACGCCAAGAACAGCGACAAUAACGACAGCGCAAAGACCAUCACAGCCAUCGACACCAACCUUCAGAACAACCUGUCGAUUGACCCCAAUAAUAAGACAAACAGUAUUAAUACAAACAAGGGCCACAACACUGGUAGCCAUGCGAUGGCACCAAACAUCAAUAAGUAUCCGAGCUUCAGCUCGUUUAAAUCGCCCGAUAACCACAAACCAAUAACCACCUUACCAUUACCGAUACAGAACAAGUCGCAAACCUCAUCGCCAUCGAGUGCCACAGCACCAUCGUUACCGAUGAGUGGGAUGACUUCAUUUUUUGGGUCGCUUCCCCAGCCAUCACCCUCGAUCCAAUAUCCGAAUAAUUCGAUACUACCGACCCCCAUACUUAACCAGGUGAUCAAUCCACAAUAUGGGCUGCAUCAGAACCAGGGCCAACACUCGCAUCAAUAUCAACAGAAUAGCCACGGCGGUCCUAACAACGAGAACCAAAACCUGUUGGCGCCGUCGACCAAUAACCCUAACGUAAAGCAGCGACUGCUCUUAUCUGGCACACAGUACCACCCCAACCAGGGGGGUGAACAAUCGCCUGUAUCAGGCCUACCUUCGCGCUACGUCAACGAACUAUUCCCGUCGCCUUCUAACUUCUAUGUGCCGCAGGAUUGGUCCAACUCCGGCACGGGGAUGACACCCAUAAACACAUCGAUGCCCCAGUAUUUCAUGAACAUGAUUCCUUCAAGCGGCGGCCAGCCGAAUGCCCGAGCGCAGUUCCAGGCCCUGUCACAGGGGCAGAUGAAAACGGAAAACCUCACGUCUCCCCUUCAGUUCAUGGGUCCGUUCAGCACCCCCAGCACCACAACCAACCCUUACAGUAACACCCCCAGCAACGGCCCUAACUCUGACAAAAAGACUAAGUGA